AUGACUUCAAUAUUUUAUCCCAGUCUUUCAAGAGAUUUAUCCUGUAUGUUAGAAAAUUCCGAUGAUUUCAAUGUUACUAUUAAAGUUGGUGAAAAGAAUAAUACAAAAGAAUUUCGAGCACAUACGCUUAUUUUACGGGCGCGCUCUCAAUAUUUUAAAGUAGCCUUCUCGUCUAAUUGGAUUACAAAAGAGAAUGAUAUGAUCCUGUUUAAUAAGCCAAACAUUAAUCAGAAUGUUUUUGACAUGAUUUUAAAGUAUAUUUAUGCAGGUGAACUUGAUUUGACGAAUCUGUCAAGUGAAGAUAUUCUUAGAUUGUUAAUCACUUCCGAUGAAUUAUUACUUGAAGAAUUAAUCAAACCAGUUCAAGCUUACUUGAUUAAAAAUCCACAUGUUUGGGUUCAAAGGAAUUUUGUUCUAAUUUAUCAUCAAAGUCUUAUUAAUUGCAAAAGACUGCAAGAUUUUUGCUUUGAACCAAUCUGUGUAGUUCCAGAACCAUUUUUCAAUUCAAAACAUUUUCUAUCACUUGACAAAGAUAUCCUUUUCGACUUGCUUAAAAGAGAUGAUUUGACGAUUGGAGAGAUUGAUAUCUGGGAUUGUUUAGUUAAAUGGGGAAUUGGACAGACUCCAAGAUUGAUUGAGAAUUUUAAUGAAACUGAGUGGAAUCCAAAGGGACUUGAAGUCUUGGAGAAAACAAUUGAAAAAUUUAUUCCUCUUAUUCGAUUUACAGGUGGUGUACCUUAUUUUAUAACUCGUCCUUAUAAAGCUGCCAUUCCCUAUGGUGUUUAUAGAAGAAUUGAUUUAAUUUGUAAUAACAAAAUCUAUAAGAAGGAAACAACUUUAACACCGCGAUCUAGAACGAAAUCAAAAAAUCAAUUCAUGGUGGCUUCACAAUUGACAUUCCAUUCUCUUUCGAGAGAUCUUGCUUUAUUAUUAAAGAAAUCUGAUGAAUGUAAUGUGAUUAUUCUAGUUGGGGAAAACCAAGAUGCAAGGGAAUUUCAUAAUACUCCUGGGUUGGAAAGUGAGAAUGUUGAUAGAAACCAAUGGAGUCAAGAGAAUAUUGAAGCAUUUGAGAAAACGAUAAGUCAAUUCAUUCCCCUUAUUCGAUUUGUGGAAAUUUCAUCUGAAGAUUUCUUUGAUAAAGUCCGUCCUUACAAAGAUUUUAUUCCUCGUAAUAUUUAUGAAGAAGUUGCUGAAUUUUAUUUUAAAAACACCUUACCAAAGUCAACGUUGACGCAACCGCGAUCUAUAAAUACUCAAUUUGAAAUUGAAUCAAAUCUUAUCAGACCAAAUCUCGAUACAAAAGUGAAAAUAAGUCGCGUAGUUGAUACAAGUCGUGCAAUAGUCGAACAUAAACAUUCUGGAUUUAAUUUUGGGGAAACUUUUUAUAUGGGUGAUGAAAGUAUUUUUCUUCGUUAUAAUGGUUCUUAUGAAGCGAAUGUUGUAGAUUCAAAUAGAUAUACUAGUUUUACUCCGGAAGAAAUAGAAAUUUUUAGAUUAUUGUAA